CGCGCCGUUGUCAUGGAACCAUUAUGACAUCACAUAAUGUUUAUAAAAGGCUCAGCCAGAUGAGACCGGUAUCAUUUGACUGAUCUGAACGCUUGCCUUUGGUUGACUCCGAACGCUAUUGCACAGAUUAUCAAGUGAAUUUGCAGACUUUACAAAAGUUCGCAACUUUAAACUGCUCGACGCACUGUGUACGGACAGACAGUUUGCUUAGAUUUCAACCCUCUGUGAACCGAGUCUAAACACAGUUAAGUCUGCAGUUAUUCCUCGACAUCAUGUCUCGUCCUGUAACACCAUUGUCCGACAAAGACAUGGAAGGUACAGAUGUCGAAAACAUGGAUUUGAUUAUGCCGAAUGCUGUGCCGAACUUUGACGAUGUCCUUGAUAUCGGACUUCCGUCACAAGUCGGGCGCGCUGCCGGUUGUUUUAAUUCAUGUGGAGGAGAGGAGGAUGUUUAUCCAACACGUGAGGCGAAACGCCAAAGAGUGUUUGGAGGAGAUAUGGAUUCAUUCCUACCGAAUGCUGUGUUGACCUGUGACUAUGUCCCUGAUAUCGGACUUUCGUCAGAGGUCGGCUGCGCUGCCGGGGGUUUGAAUCCAAGUGGAGUAGGAGAGGAGAAAAUCCCAACAAUGUUGGGAUGGAGAUGUGAUGAUGGUGGUGGAGUGGAUUUUGUCCUUCCAAGUGCAGUCCCUGACAUUGUCCCGAACAACGGACAUUUGUUAGAGAGACACGCCGGUAGUUCACGUCCACGAGGAGGAGUAAAGGAGUUUACUCCUACAUUUGAGGAGGCGAACAGCCCCGAAGAAAAAUGCAAGAAUAAAUUAUUGAAAUCAGUAAAUAAGACAUGGAAGAAAGUAAUGCACCCAUUCCUUCAGAACGAUAAGGUGGAAACACUGAUUCCUUCAGAGCUUAAUGCGGAUUCAGCUAAUCCUAAUCUCAAGGAUGAUGCUGGUCUGGCGAGCUCUGAAAUCAAACCGGACAAACGAAAGGCUUUCUUUGGCUGUCUCUGGAGGGGCAAGGUGGAGUCAAUGCCGACUCCCCUGCUUAAAGCCGAUCCAGCUAUCCCUGAUGUUAGGGAAGUUGUUGAUCCGGCAUCUCAGUCAAAGACCUACGUUAGUCCUAAGAAACAGAAACAAAAGGCUUCAAAGAGCCGCAAAUCUAACCUCCAGGGAGAAAAAGUGACUGUUGUGCCAACUCAACAGCCCAAGGCUAUUUCAGAUAUUCCUGUUGGCAUGGAUGUUCCUGCUCUGGCCAGCCCCCAAUCAAAAAAGAUUAAUCCGGAUAGUCGCAAGACAUUGACGCAACGCAUCCUUGGAUGCUUCCAGAGGGGCAAAGUGGAGUCGAUGCCGAUUUCACAGAUUGAGGCCGAUCCAGCUAUCCCUGAUGCCAGGGAAGUUAUUGAUCUGGCAGAUUCUCAAUCAAGUGUUGGCUUAAAGAAACAAAAACAAAAGGCUUCAAAGAGCCGCUUAUUUCACAACCCUUUGAGAAAAAAAGGGAAGAAAGUGAAGAAAGAUGCCGAUCCAGCCAUUCCUGAUGCCAUGGAUGGUGCAGAUCUGGCCAGUUUUGGUGGCAUCGAUGCAGCCAAUGCCAGGCUACAGAAAUCAGGUGCCAUUCCAACCAAUAUCGGGCUAAAAGGUGGCGGAAAUCCCGACCCCAAUAAAGCUUCUGGGUCAAAAGACGAUAAAGUUGUCAGGCCAAAAGCUCUUGGAAAUCCUAGACAUCCUUGGAUUCAUAACCCAAGUAGACCUAAAAAUCCUAAGCAAGAAGAUGAUAAAGUUGUCAGGCCAAAAGCUCUUGGAAAUCCCAGACAUGCUUGGAUUCAUAACCCAAGUAGACCUAAAAAUCCUAAGCAAGAAGAUGAUAAAGUUGUCAGGCCAAAAGCUCUUGGAAAACCCAGAACGCGCUGGCCAGAAGAAUUAAAUGUUUUGCAACGAGCUGUUAAAGGGCUUAGCAAGAUGAAACUAGAUGAUCCAGAGCCUAAAGAGACUUUAUCUUCUGAAUAUGACAUCUUGAAAAAUAAAGUGAUUGGGCGCGGUAGCUCUGGCACAGUCUACAAAGGUAUCCGUAAAUGGGAUGGCAGUGAGGUUGCCAUCAAGCAAAUACACAAACGAGCCAAUGACAGAACUCUUAAAAUUCCUGGACACCCUGAACCGCUCAUUACAGAAGUGGCGCUAUUGCUUAAGUUAAAAGAUUCCUUCUGCCCCAAUGUCAUACAGUUGUAUGACUGGUAUGAGACGAGACAAUUUUACAAUCUCGUGUUGCAGUACCCUCAGGAAAGCGUAUCCUUGGGGGAUUUUGUUAGUCGUCGAAGAAACCUAUGUGAAGAUACAGCAAGAGUUCUCAUGCGUCAGGCAGUACUGGCAGUGAAACAAUGUCUGGAUAAAGGAGUUGUCCAUACAGACCUCCAUGCCAAGAACUUCCUGGUACAGGAAUCAACAUUGAGCCUGAAGUUAAUUGACUUUGGGCUUGGACAUCUUCUUAAACAUGAGGGCUAUAAGUCAUUCGAAUUUAAAGGAGCUGAAGUUUGCAUCCCGCCUGAGAUCAAAAGAGGCAGAGUCGAUGCCAUUCCAGCAAACGUCUGGGCCUUAGGUGCUUUGCUGUACUUCAUGGUGUUUGGAUCUUACCCCUAUCCUUUCAACAAGUUUUCUUUGGACAUCCUGAAGAAAAAAGAGGAUUUAUCAAAGGAAAUCUGUGAUCUGUUAAGAUGGUGCCUGGCCAUGGAUCCAGAUGAUCGUCCGACCCUCAGGGAGCUCUUAAAUCAUGAGUGGUUUAAUUAAUGAGUUAUUCAGACUGGUAAACUGAGUAUGAAGAAGAAGAGCUACUCUUACACAGGGCGCUAGACACAUAACAAAGACGAAGCUUAAUGACUGAAGGAGAGGGGAAUGAUUGGAGAUGCUGUUUUCACGUUUCUACAACCAGAAACCGAGAAUAGCACAGACAUUAAAAGGGCCACAAUUACAAGAGAGACGAGACACUAUUUAAAACAGGAACUUUCUGCAUAAUGUUGUAUUUCAGACGUCAUGACCACAGACCGCUGGCUGAAUGUCUGAUGCAGAUCCUGUCUCGUCCUUGAACACAUUAAAUAAAAAUGUUUUAAUUCUUAAUGUUUUUAUUUUUUAAAGUUGUAUAAUACAGUAUCUAAUAUAUAGUAUGUCCUCUAUAAAAUCAGCUGUCUGUCUCUCUCUCUCUAGGUUUUUUUUCCUAGGAGUUUAGGGAGUCAGCUUAAAUUGGCUUAACUUAGAUCUCUCUUCUAUACAUUAUCACAAUGCUUGAUAGUUCAGUUUAAUCUGUACUUUGCAACUUUUGUUGCACCUUGAUUUUUCUUUUUUUAUUAAUGUAAAGCUGCUUUGAAAUAAUUAAACAAUUGUGAAAAGUGCUACAGUAUAUAAAUAAAAUUGAAUUGAAUAUUGUUAUUUUUACUUUUUUAACUGAUUAACUUGGAUUACUUAUGUACAUGUUUUUCAUAUGCAAUAUCAAACCCUUGACCUUGGUAUAAAAUACUGUGAAUAAACUUAGUAAACUGUUAAACCUGAUGUUGUUUUAAACCAAAUAAAUAAGUACACUUGACCUAAACCUUGAAAUAU